GCGCAGCUGGGCUCCUCCCGGGCGGCGGGGCCGCCGCGCUCCCGCCCCUCCGCCCCGGGGGUCCCCUCGGCGCUGGGCAGCCCGCCCGGCUCGAUGGAGGGGCGGCCGGCCGCGAGGCGCUCUGCGCGGUUCUAGCCGUAACCCCGUGCCGCUUUGCUGGGCUUCCUCGUGCUUUUGGGGUGUAGUUAAAGGUUGGAGAAGAUACGAGGAGAGCGAGAGGCACUCACGCUGCCGGUUCUUUGUGAGUAAUCCAAGAGAAACAACUGCCAACCACUGCCACGUUUUCAUCUGUUGGUAAACAUCAGCUGCUGGUUGGCCUUGAGGGAGGAAGACUGAAUUAGUUCCAGAUGGAGAACUCUGUCAGCCCAUUUAGACUUUCCAGUUGAUUGGAGCCAGCAGGCAGAAAACAUGGAGCAGCCCACAUGAAGAAUCCUGUGGAGUUCAUAUUCCUGCAAGAUGUCCUUGGAAGGACCAAACCCAGUUUUCCAGGCCCCUGGGAGAUGAAGCAUUGACCACAUGACAUUUUUAUUUCCACAAGUGCUUUGUCAGUGUUGCUUUGUGUGAAAGACAAAGAAUAUUUGAAAAUAUUUCUUUCUUCACCUCACCAUGACGAGUGCCCUGACCCUCUAGGCCCCGAACCCUCCCCAGCUGGAGGAGAAGCCAAAGGGAAAAUCCCUGUUCCAGCUGGGCUCCCUCUUUGCUAACAGGAGUGAGAAAUUUGUGAUUGCUCGCAGUGACAGUUUGCCAGAGGAGAAUGUCCUGAAAAUCACCAUCACAGAGACCACGGUCAUCGAGUCCGACCUGGGCAUCUGGAACUCCCACGCCCUCAUCUACCUCACUCUGUGGUUUUUCUUCAGCUUUUGCACUCUGUUCCUUAACAAAUACAUCCUGUCCUUGCUGGAGGGAGAGCCCAGCAUGCUUGGUGCUGUUCAGAUGCUUUCCACCACCUUCAUUGGCUGCAUCAAGAUGUUUGUCCCUUGCUGCCUGUACCAGCACAAGACCCGAAUUUCCUACCCCCCCAACUUCAUCAUGAUCAUGCUCUUUGUUGGAUUAAUGAGAUUUGCAACAGUGGUCCUGGGGCUGGUGAGCCUGAAGAAUGUGGCAGUUUCGUUUGCAGAAACUGUGAAAAGCUCUGCCCCAAUUUUCACUGUCAUCAUGUCCAGGAUGAUUCUGGGGGAAUACACUGGGCUGCUGGUGAACCUCUCCCUGGUGCCUGUGAUGGGAGGGCUGGCUCUGUGCACAGCCACCGAAAUCAGCUUCAACAUCUUGGGCUUCUCUGCAGCCCUGUCCACCAACAUCAUGGACUGUUUGCAAAACGUCUUUUCCAAAAAACUGCUCAGUGGAGAUAAAUACAGAUUUUCAGCCCCAGAGCUUCAGUUCUACACAAGUGCUGCUGCUGUGGUUAUGCUCAUUCCAGCUUGGAUAUUUUUCAUGGAUGUGCCUGUGAUUGGGAAGAGUGGGAGGAGUUUCAGCUACAACCAGGACAUCGUCAUCCUCCUGCUGAUUGACGGGGUCCUGUUCCACCUGCAGAGUGUCACAGCCUAUGCCUUGAUGGGCAAGAUUUCCCCUGUCACUUUCAGCGUUGCCAGCACUGUCAAGCACGCCCUGUCCAUCUGGCUCAGCAUCAUUGUCUUUGGGAACAAGAUCACCAGCCUGUCAGCCGUGGGCACUGUCCUGGUCACCGUGGGGGUCCUGCUCUACAACAAGGCCAAGCAGCACCAGCAGGAGACCCUGCACAGCCUGGCCAUGGCCCCACAGCCCCCGGGGCCCACCGAGGACACCGAGCCCCUGAUUCCCAAGGAUCUGGAACCCUAUGAUUGAUCCAUGGGGCUCUGCAGCCUCCCAGCUGAGCGCGGCUCCAGGGGGAUCCUCCUGGAUGGGGCUGUUCCUCAGAUCCUUCCUCCUGGAUGGGGCUGUUCCUCAGAUCCUUCCUCCUGGAUGGGGCUGUUCCUCAGAUCCUUCCUCCUGGAUGGGGCUGUUCCUCAGAUUCCUGUGAGUUCCUCAAAUCCUCCUGGAUGGGGGUGUUCCUCUUGUUCCUGUGAGUUCCUGAAAUCCUCCUGGAUGGGGUUGUUCCUUUGAGUUCCCUUGAGCUCCUGAAAUCUUCCUGGAUGUGGUUGUUCCCUUGAGUUCCUCAAAUCCUCCUGGAUGUGGUUGUUCCCUUGAGUUCCUCCAAUCCUCCUGGAUGUGGUUGUUCCUUUGAGUUCCUCAAGUCCUCCUGGCUGCGGUUGUUCCUCUGGUUCCUUUGAGUUCCUGGCAGGUCUCCCCCAGGAUUUGAAGCAGGGAGGAGCUGGGAAGGAUCCAGGAAAACCUUGGGAAGCUGAUGCCCCAAAGAGAGGACCUGGAACGUGGCAAACGUGGGCUUUGUUGUUUUUCCUUGACUCCAAAUCACAUCCAGGCCUGUGCUGGUGGAAGAACUUUGGUGUCCUGUGGGAAAACAAUUCCUGUCUCCCUCCCCAUCCAAACAAUGUGAAAAUGGGGCCCCACCACUGAAUUCUGCUGGCAGAGGGAUGGAGUUGGUGCCUCCUGGAAGCUUCUGGUUGUUGCUCUGCAUUUCCUGCACCCUCAUUCCUGUGUGCUGCAGAGAAGGAAAAGUCCAAGGAGGGGAUUGUCCCACUCUGGCCUCACCUCAAGCCUCCAAAACCUGCCAGAGCUCCAGGAGCAUUUGGACAGCACAAGAAGGGAUUUUGGGGUGGAUUUUGAUUUCUGUGCAGGGCAGGAGUUGGACUGGAUGGUCCUUGUGGGUCCCCUCCCACUCAGGAGAUUCCAUAAUUCUAAGAAGGAAUGGAAUUCCCACCCUUCCCUCCCAAAAACACCCAAAUUUAAAGGGUUUGCUUGAAGCAAACUGUGGGAAAUGAGCUGUGGUUGAGCACCUGCUGCUGGCUACAAAUCCAGGAUUUGUAGUGGUUUAAAAUGUAAAAAUUUAAGGUGGAAAUACUGCAUUCUGAUCAUUUAUGGACAAAACUGAAAUGCAAAUAUUCACCCACGUACCCUGUGUAAAUGGAGUGUUGAAUUCAAUAUUUGUAAUUCAAAUGUAGUUGCUUAGAGGUAAAAAAAAAUACACCACUGAAAACUGUGGCGACAAAGGAAGCAGGAUCUCUGUAUUUCUGUAAAAAAAACCCAUUUUGUUGUUUUAAUUUCAUUUUAUUAUGCAUGAGGAAAGAAAUUGAUGGGAUUUUUUUAAAAAUAUUAUUUCUAAGAGUGCAACAAAAGGCUGCCUUUUAGAAACUCAGGGUUAUGAGUCUGACCUGUGUGUAAAAUUCCUAAUUUCUGAUUAUAUAAAGAGAUCUCAGAGGCAUCUGUGACAGAUUAACCAUAAACUGAGGCAAAUCUUUAUUUCUGCUGCUUUUAAGUUUCCUUUUUCUUUUAAAGGAAAUGUGUUUUUUUGUGGUAGAUCAAAGAUUAAAAGUUAACUUUCCUUUUCAAAAUUCUAAAGAGUCAGUUUUGACAAAAAUAAAGCACACAUGUAGCUACAAAAACAUUCACAUGGACUUUUUGGGAACAAAAUUUAAAUUAAAAUGAGUGGAUUUUAAUAAUUGCCACUCUUCUGGAAGGUUGGAGCAUGGAUAUGUAGUGGUCUUUAUGGUAAAAAUAAUGGUUAACAGGCAAUUACAAUUGGAAUUCCUGUAAAAUUACAUUUCCACACACCUCAGUGGCUGCCUGGGGCAGAUUCCCCAAAGAUCUGAGGGAGAAAAAUGCCAAUUUUUUCAUCCUUGUGUACGUGAUAAGUCUGUGGUAUUUUGUUUUCUUUUGUACUCCUGUCACUUUUAUAAAAGCUGUGGACUGUGGAGCUCUGUGUUUUUUUUUUUUUAAUUUGUUUUCUGCCAAAUACACUGAGACUUUUGAAAGUAUAA